AACACUGUGCACAGCUGCUAGCUACAGAAGCACAGUGAAGAAAGAGGCGAAGGCCUACCGUUCAUGAAAUUGUUUGGUUACACUAGUUUUUAAGGUAGUGUCGGAGAAUAGUCGUUUGUCCUUGCGCCGUUUUUGUAUCUUCUGGUACUGAAGUCAGCUGGGGUUGUCUCGUAAUUUUCAUGAAAACUGACAAAAAGUAGAGUGGAGAGGUUGGUUUGAUGUGUGUGGCCUCUAGACAAGAGGCACCAUGAGUGCGGAGUUGGAUGCACUGACGGUGGUGAACCAGCUGCGAGAUCUUGCUGCAGACCCCUUGAACCGAAGAGCCAUAGUAGAAGACCAAGGCUGUCUGCCAGGUCUCAUUCUCUUUUUGGACCACCCGAACCCACAGGUCGUCUACUCUGCACUCUUGGCCGUGCGCUACCUGGCAGAAUGUCGAGCCAACAGGGAGAAGAUGAAGGGCGAGCUGGGCAUGAUGCUGAGUUUGCAGAAUGUCAUGCAGAAGAGUACAUCACCCGGGGAGACCAAACUGCUGGCCUCUGAGAUCUAUGAGAUUCUGCAGUCCGCUGGUGUAGAGGAGGCUGAACAGGCCGAGGCAGCGGCUGCCUCCUGCCGGCGUAAAGCUCAGUUCUUCCUGGGUUCCACCAACAAGAGGGCCAAAACUGUAGUGCUGCACAUUGAUGGACUGGAUGACUCUACUCGAAGGAGCCUGUGUGAGGAGGCCUUACUAAAGAUUCGAGGAGUCAUCAGUUUCACCUUCCAGAUGGCUGUUAAGAGAUGUGUUGUCAGGAUCCGUUCUGACCUUAAAGCUGAGGCUUUGGGAACUGCAAUUAACUCCACCAAAGUAAUGACGGCUCAGCAGGUGGUAAAGACAGAGGAUGGAGGAGAGCUGAUGGUGCCAUUCCAGGAGGACUCAGCAGUGCUGGUCGAGGAGAACACAGACAUCCCAGACUACCUGCCUGAGGAGGAGAGUCCGUCCCAGGAGCAGGACAAGGCUGUCACACGCGUAGGAUCUAUCACAGACGGCAUGGGCUGGCUCAGCACAGCCGCCAACUUCCUGUCACGCUCCUUCUACUGGUGACAACUUCUUGUGUUUCUUUCUUUGCUCCCUGUUUUGUCGAAGGUACCAUCUAGCUGCAGCCUUAGCAUCUCUCAGCCUCGUACUGGACUACGCCCUGCCUCACGGCCCUACACUAGCCUAGACUCCCCUCUCCAAAGCACACAGAGCCCUGACACGUGUGUGCAACAAGUGCUGGACUUCCAAGUGGAACCUGCAGUAACUUGCACAUAUAUUGAGCUACAAAUUCCACUACUGGCUGUAUGUGCACAACUAUAUACUAGCUGCAUAUGUAUCUCAAAAGACAUAGCCAGAGGACUUUUAAAACAAACAAAACCAAAUAGCUUUUUGGAAAUGUAUCGCUGUGUUGACUGAGUUGACGUGGCAGCCGCACUUAAUUGUUCUGGGGCUGAUUUUGCGUAUGUUGAAAAUUGGGAGAUCCUGUUUUUUGUGCAUGAUUUUGGUUGCUUUUUUCCUGGCAUUUAUACCCAAUUAUUGUCCUUUUACUAAAUAUACUUUUUUUUUUCAUAUUUUUCAUCCUUUAAUUUCCUAAUUAUGUCAAUUUUUGCUUCCCUCUUCAGUUUUUUUUAGCAUGCUAUUACGCUUUUUGUGCCAAUCUUGCCUGAUGCCUACAUCCUCGAUUAUUGUGUGUGCCUUUUUGACAUUUCAUUGUAAUUAUUAUUUAUUCAUCAUUCAUUCGAAUAAUUUGAGAGCUCCAAGCAUGUUUAAUGUUUGUGCUUUUCUAGCAGCAGCUGGCCUCUGCCAGCUUUUAGCUCACUGAGGGUCGCCACUUCAGUAGAAAGAGUAAAUAGACACCAGCAAGAGGCCACAGUUAAUUCAGCCACUGGCUCACAUGCGUUAGACUGUGUUGCGUCCUGAAAGAACAACUAAUUAGCUAGUUGGCUGAUUAAAAAAUAACCCCUCCAUGUGUUGAGUCGGUUCUAUUAAAAAUCAGGACUUCUCUGAUAAAAAUAAUAUUCCUGGACAAAAUCAAAUGUGAGCUCUGUAGUGGCUACAAACUGACUGUCAACUCCCUGUGUUAACUGCACAGAAUUUAGGCUACCUCUGCUUUCAGCCUGCUAUCUUACAUCAGCAUUAUAGUCUUCUGUAGUUUUAGUAAAACCCUAGGUCAGCAUGGCGAAGACAUACCUGUUAACUGCCUGCUUCUCAUAUACUUCUCAGUGUUAACCUGGAAUUCCGCUGACAUUUUACAGUAUUGUAGCUGCACUUGCUCAGUUUCAUUUUCAGUUUAGCCAGCAGUGUCCUUAAAGCAAAGAUCAUGUUGGUGCACGAUCACGCACACACAGAGAGGACUCACUAGAACUGUUGUAUGAGCGGUCUUGUAACAACAGUGUGGUUAUGUACAUUUUGUAAAUGGUGCCUGAUUCCCUAAAAUCUCAGACCUUACAUGUGAAGGAUUUUUUUUUUUCUGUUUUAGUAAAACAGGUUUUGCAUUUUCUGACAUAUAUUAGGAUACGAUGGUGUAGCUGCGAAUACUAACGCUCUUGAGGAUUUCCAUGGUUCUUUAGUCCUUACAACCUUGUGACUCACUCAAAGGUUUAAUUAUUUUGACAUGUGUGAGUGUCAUUAACAAUUAUUACUGACACUGCUGACCAAGCGAGUUUUAUUCUUUUGAUGGUGCAGAGACGUCACACUUGGUUGAAGUCAAACAGAGGAAGGAAUAACCUGAACUGAUGGUAGCUACCCUCUGGAGAAGCAAUAAUCAUUUUUGCAUUUAAUGUAAAGAUAACAGGUCAACAACAGCCUAUUAACUCAUGUUUGUUAAACAAAACAGAUUAGUUGAAAAUAGGAAUUCUGCAUAUUCAGUAUUUUAUUUUAUUUUUUAAAUAUUUGUCCAUUUUGCACAGAGUUAACGUCCAUGUUGCAUCAUGUUGUUUGAUUUUACCAUUUGGUGUCUCUGCUCACACUGCAAAGAAAUACUUGAACAUUGUUCAAAAUUGUCAUUAUGUGUUGAUCCAAGUGUAAAUUCCCUAUUUAAAGAUAAAUUGACCACAUCUGUAAGGCUGACAAAGAACCGCAAACUAAGUCCUCAAAAAAUGUAACUUCAUGUGUACAGACUUCAACUGUUAGCUGAUGUAAUAUAAUGUAUGCAGAUCUUAAAACUGUAGAUUCCCAUACACUGUUAAUGCAAAUAAUGAUAAACUUAAAAAUCAA